AUGAAGAGAUGCCAACUAGAGCCCUCUGACUGGGAGCGGAAGGCAGCGCAGCGGCCCGAAUGGCGGCGCCUCAUUAAUGAUAGAGUUAACAUUUUUGAGACGGAACGCCGCAUUUCAGUGAAGCCGCCAUGUGAGGCUGUUGGCAGGAGACCGUUACUCAGGGACUGCUGCGUGAGGCUGGAGCGUCUCGAUCUGGACACGCUACUAACCCCCAUUCGGAUCACAGACUGGGACAGUCUGGGACAAGUUAAGGAACACAAGGGAGGAACAAGUCCACAGAAGAAACCAAAAAAAAACGAUACUUACCAGUGUGAAUAUCUAACAGAUAAAGAACAAUUUCUGAUUAGUCAUUUGAGGAAACAUACUAAGGAGAAGCGAUACAAAUGUGACCAGUGUAACUAUUCUUGCGACCGCAGGGAUUAUUUGAAAGCUCAUGUAAGGACACACACUGGUGACAAACCCUACAAAUGUGGGGUGUGUAAUUAUGCUAGUGCCCGCGAUAGUAGUUUGCAAGUUCAUGUUAGGAAACAUGCCAAUGAGAAACCGUACCAGUGUGAGCAGUGCAGUUAUGCUACCCAUGAAAAAUAUCGGUUGAGAGUUCACGUAAAAGCACACACUGGUGAAAAGCCGCACAAAUGUGGGGUAUGUAGUUUUUCUAGUGCCCACAGUAGCAGUUUGCUAGUUCAUAUGAGGGGACAUACUAAUGAGAAACCAUACCAGUGUGAGCAGUGUAGUUAUGCUACCCAUCGAAAAGAUUUUUUGUUAAGUCAUUUAAAAAUACACACUGGUGAAAAGCUUUACAAAUGUGAGGUGUGUAGUUAUGCUAGUAACUACAAAGGUAGUUUGCAACUUCAUGUAAGGCAACACACUAAUGAGAAAUCUUAUCACUGUAAGCAGUGUAGUUAUGCUAGCCAUCAAAAACAUCAUUUCCAAGUUCACGUAAGGACACACACUGGUGAAAAGCCCUACAAAUGUGGCAUAUGUAGUUUUGCUAGUGCCAACAAUAGAAGUUUGCAAGUUCAUAUAAAGGGACAUACUAAUGAGAAACCAUACCAGUGUGACCAGUGUAGUUAUGCUUCCCAUCGAAAAGAUCUUUUGUUACUUCAUGUAAAAAUUCACACUCGCGAGAAGACUUACAAAUGCGGGGUGUGUAGUUUUGCUAGUAUUCACAAAAGUUAUUUGCAAGUUCAUGUAAGGAAACAUACUAAUGGUAAUGAGAAACCUUAUCAUUGUGAUCAGUGUAGUUAUUCAGGCCGUGAUAAACAUCUUUUAAAAGCUCAUGUACGGAAACACAUUGAUGAAAAGCCAUACAAAUGUGAUCAGUGCAGUUAUGCUAGUAAUCGAAUAAGUCGUUUGAAAGAUCAUGUAAGGAAACACACAGGUGAAAAGCCAUACAAAUGUGAGCAGUGUAGUUAUGCUUCUGCCCGCAAAAAUGCUUUAAGAAUACAUAUGAUGUCGCACACUAGUACAACAGACAAAUAAUUUUACUAGUACAGAACUAUAUAAAUGUGAUCACUUUAGUUCUUCCAGCACUUGUAAUUUUGCUUGCACGUACAUGAAAUCUUUACUUAUGAAUGAAAGCGAAGACACUGAUUAGAUACAUGAGUGACCUUACAAAAAAUAAUUAUUUACCAAUAACAAUGUGCUAACCUAUACUACACUUAAUUCUUAUCAAGCACAUAGGUACAAACAGUAACACUCUUCUUUUGAAUUAUUUUACGGUUUAUACUCACUUGUUUUUAGUCACUCGCGCGACAUGUUUCGGAGAGCCUAUGUCUCCUUUCUCAAGCACUAACAGUGCGAGCAGCGUUCACGACGGCCGUGUAUCGCGUACUGCGGCUCGCCGCGUCGCACGCUGCGCGCGCGCCGAGUAAACAGGUUAUGGGAGGUCUUCCGCUAUUAUUGUAGGCGGGCAUAGUGGUGUGAGUUCGUGCUGUGUAUCGCUACUAAUGUUAGUAUGGCUCACAACAGUUUUUAAUUCGAUUAGCAACACUCUUAACUGUACAUCGGUGGACCUUGUGCCGUAUGUAAUAAGACAGUUAACAGUGUGCGAGCGAUACUACGUUUUUUAUGUCAAAGGAAAAACCUCAUCGAUCAGCAGACUUGAACUUGCGACCUUUUAGAACACCGGUCCUACGCUCUCAACUAACUGAAGAACAUUAAUAUCAUAAACUAAAGAAAUAGAAAGAUUCGGGCGCUUCUUGUGAGCUUCCUUAAGCUCAGUAUGUAUAGUCCCCAACCCGCGUUGGGCCAGCGUGGGAACUAUAACCCAUGACGCCUGUGCCCAUCAGUGGGACGUAUACCGGGUGUGGCCUGUAAUAUGAGCAAAAAAUUAAACAGUAGGCUGUACUCCUCAUACUGACCAACAUUUGUUCAGCGACUUUUAAAAAUAACUUGUGGUUUGAUUUUUAAUACACUUUAAAGUUUAUUCUAAGACGCAAUGUAUUGUGAAUUUUGUUAUGUUUAAGGCGUGACAAGCAACGUCAAUCACAAUGAUAUGGCGUGGCGAUGGCGUCCAUUGAAGAUAAUAUUUAUAUUGUAUGAAAAAUAGGGAGUCUAAAUUCUUCAUAAUUUUUAAGAGUUGUUGAACAAAAGUGUCACCGUUUGAGGAGUACAAUCUAUGUUUUAAUUAUUUGCUCGUGUUACAGGCCACACCCGGUAUAGGCUGGAGUAUUAUUAUUAGUGAAAAAAUAUGGAUGUUAUUUGAGUAGACGGGACUGCCGGCCUAGCCGAGCUGACAAUCACUAUCGCUACGACAGCGAAACGCUUUGUGCCUCUCUAUCAUGCACUCUUCCAUAUUUGUGCGACAGUGACAGUUGCGUU